AUGGUUGAGCCACACUUUUUGCCAAAUCAAAGGCGCUCUCAAGCCCAGCCGUCCAAGCAAAGCCGCUGCACCGCCUGCAUCAUGACAUAUGACAACCUUUACAACAACUCGUGGCUCGAUUCAGCGGUGGCUCACGAGACCGAGCUGCAGCCUGCUUCAGGCUUUCUUGAGAUGUCAUAUGACAGCUUGACGUAUUGGACGCGGGCGAACCAUCGAGGCUGGCGGCCCAAUUCGAAAGCCAUUCUGCCUGAUGCCACAAAACGGCUUCUGUCGCAGAAUUUGGCUAAGUUGAACCUGUGGGAGGCAGCCUGUGAUACCAAUUUCAAACUUAUGGAAUUCCAAUGCGGGUCGGGCAUUUCAGGCUGCGCCGCCCGCAUCCGACUUUACCUCUUUCCGAAGUUUGAAGUGGCAAGAAUGCAGAGACUGUGCUCCAAGUCUAGUGGUGCUAUUCUUCGGUCUUUUGGGCAAAGAGCCGGGGACAUUUUGUUGAUUGCUGGAGCUUGA